AUGAAUGACCGAGAGAAGAUAGAGAUGUUGUUAUUCCUUUUGCAGAAUGUGGGUGUUUUUGUUUGGAGUCCGUACGAAGUGCCCGGCGUAGAUCCCGAGUUCAUUGUCCAUAAGCUUAACGUGGACCAAUCAUUCCCCCUGAAAAAGCAAAAACCGAGAAGAGCAUCGAAGGAGCAUGUUAACGCGGUAAACUUGGAAGUCCAGAGGCUGAAGGAAGCAGGAGUGAUAAGAGAAGUGUUCUUCCCGGAAUGGUUAGCAAAUACAGUGGUAGUAAAGAAAAAGAACGAAUUCACCCCUAAGAAUGAUGAGAAGAUAAUCUGUAAUGUAGAAAGUCGCCCGUGGAAGGUAUUUGUGGACGACGCUUCGAAUGCUAUAGGGGCUGGAGCUGGUAUUGUCAUAACCACCCCGGAGGGCAUACGACUAGAGCAUUCCUUUAGAUUGGGAUUCAAAGCCUCUAACAAUGAAGCCGAAUACGAGGCCUUUCUAGCCAGAUUGAGGGCCGUAUUGCGCCUAGGCGCGAAGGAUGUGGAGAUUUAUUCAGAUUAUCGAUUGGUUGUUUAUCAGAUCCUAGGAAGCUUUGAAGCUCGGGACUCUCGGAUGAAAGCUUAUCUGAGCACAGUUAAGCAAAUCAUUAGCAAGUUUGGGGCAGUGAAGGUGGCCCAGGUAGGUUGGGCACAAAACAGACACGUCGACUCGCUGGCCACGAUGGCCUCGCCGACUACCGAAGAGAUUUCUUGGCUUGUCAAAAUAGAACUUAUAAGGGAGCCAAGUAUCGAUAUGAAAGAUAACUGUAACCCGGCCGGGGUUGAGGUGGCCAUGGUAUCAAUAGCCAAUAUGUGCUGGAUGAACCCAAUCAUAGAUUUCCUAGCCGAGGAUAAAGUUCUAGACGAUGAAAAAGAGGCUAAAAAGAUUCAUCGAGUGGCUCCCCGGUAUUGGCUGUCGGCAGAUCGCAAAUUGUACCGGAGGUGUUUUGCAGGCCCGUACCUUUUAUGCCUACAUCCCGAGAAAGUAAAUGAACUUCUGACCGAGCUGCAUGACGGAGUGUGUGGUGGCUAUGUUGGGGGGCGAUUUUUAGCACAUAGGGCGAUGACCCAGGGGUUUUGGUGGCCACAGAUGCAGAAGGAUGCCGCAGAAUAUGUCUGGAGGUGUGAACAAUCCCAAAAACACGUCCCUCUAAUCCACCAGCCAGUAGGUCAUCUAAACCCCGUCAGCAGUCCAUUGACGUUUGCACAAUGGGGGUUGGACAUCCUCGGCCCUUUUCCCCGAGCAACAGGUAACCGCCAGUUCGUGUUGGUGGCAGUUGAUUAUUUCACAAAAUGGGCGGAAGUCGAGGCCUUGGCCAAUAUCCAGGAUAUUGACGUGAAAAAGUUCGUAUGGAAAAACAUAGUCAUAAGGUUUGGGGUGCCGGACUCACUGAUAUCAAACAAUAGGUUACAAUUUGAUAGCAAAGGUUUCCGAACCUUUUGCAGCGAUCUCGGCAUUAAGAACAAAUAUUCUGCUCCGGUGUACCCUCAAAGCAAUGGCCAAGCUGAGGCAGUGAAUAAGACGAUUUUGAACGGGUUGAAGAGAAGGUUGGACGGGGCAAAGGGGAGGUGGACCAAAGAGUUACCUAACAUUUUGUGGGCUUACCGUACAACUCCCAGAAGAUCCAUGGGUGAGACCCCUUUCUCCUUGACAUAUGGGAUAGAGGUCGUGAUACCGACCAAAGUGAGUCUGUGCAGUGCACGGGUCGCAGGAUUUGACCCUGUCCAAAACACCGAUUUAAUGAUGGAGCACUUGGACUGGUUAGAAGAAUGCCGGGAGACAGCAACCAUACGGCUCGCGAAGUAUCAACAGAGACUUGCCCAAAGACACAACCAAGAUAUAAAGGGUAGGGAAUUCAGCGCCGGGGACUGUUGA